AUGGCGAGCAAGUGGUCAUACAUCUCCCGUACGGUCCCCAAUGAUGCUUCCAUCAAGAUCACCACCCCUCUGAUAAACCUAAGGGGUAGUGAACCCACCUACAAAGCCUUUGCGGACCAGAUAACUGCCAAACGCGAGAUCCAGCGUGACCGAAGGGAGCACAUGACGCAAGCUGCAUCCACCCUACAAGAGGAAGUAACCCCUGAGCUCUCUAAAGCUAUGGACCUCGCAAGCCAAUCAGGUGCCUCGAGCUGGCUGACUUCUCUGCCAAUCAAGGAACAUGGCUUCUGUCUCCACAAGGGUGCCUUUGUUGAUGCCAUGGCCCUACGCUACGGCUGGACACCCAUCAAGACCCCCACACACUGUGCCUGUGGCGCUGCGUUUGUUGUGGAUCAUAUACUUUCUUGCCCACGCGGUGGGUUUCCUUCCCUGCGUCACAAUGAAAUAAGAGAUUUAACAGCGAGACUCUUAACUGAAGUAUGCAAUGAUGUGCAAAUUGAACCAGAGCUUCAGGAGAUCACCACAGAGACCAUGUCCGGGAGAAGCGCAAAUACCACCAUAGGUGCUAGGCUUGAUGUUGCUGCCAGUGGUCUCUGGGGAGGCAGACGCGAGAGAACCCUGAUGGACGUCAGAGUCUUCAACCCUUUUGCUCCCUCAAAUCGCAACACAACCCUAGACCAAUGCUUCAGGAAGCACGAGAGGGAAAAAAUCCGUGCAUACGGACAAAGGGUGAGAGAAGUGGAGCAUGCUACUUUCGUCCCCAUUGUGAUGUCUGCGACUGGCGGCCUUUCAAAACAAGCUACAAACUUCUACAAACGACUGGCCUCCCUGCUAGCAGAGAAAUGGGACCAACCCUACAGCACCACCCUGCACUGGCUGAGAUGCUCCCUCUCUUUCAGCCUGCUCAGGUCCGCCAUUCAAUGCAUACGUGGCGCUCGUUCAUCAAGAGGCCACGCUAUGAAGAUGUCACCUGUGGACCUGGUUAUAGCAGAGGCCAGCUUGCAGCAAAAAUAACAAACUAACUGUUCACCUCAUGUACACACUAUUUUACAUACACUGUUCUUUGUUUUAUUAUUUUAUUAUACUAUUAUUUACUUGCUUCCACCAUAAAGGUGUUGUUUA